GCUGCAUCCUCUCUCUCUUACCCUUGCCGCGUUCAUCUUCUAAAACCCACUUUCGUCAUAUUUCUGAAUUCCUUCAUACAGGCAUUGAACACCGAACAUGAAGAAGGAAGGGAGGAAGAAGCUGAAGGAUGAGGAUUUGAAACCAGUAGAGAAAGAAGAUGUUGUGAACGGAAAAGAAGUUCUUAGUGAUUCUGAGGACGACGGUGUAGAAAGUCCUGUCGUUUCGGAUGAUGAUUAUGGGAGCUUCUCUGAGGGUGACGACUCUUCAAGGAACUCAGAUUCAGAAUCAGAAUCCGGAUCUGAACAGAGUGAAUUCUCGGAAGAUGAGGAUGAUGAGAACCCAAUCAACGAAGGUGAAGGUGAUUUGAGUGAUGGAGUUGAUGAUCAUAGUGAAGGAGAUCAAAGUGCAAGUGAGGAUUCUCGUGAAGUAGUUGAUGAGAGUGAUUCAUCAGAAGAUGAGGUUGGACCUAGGAACACUAUUGGUGAUGUUCCUUUGGAAUGGUAUAAGGAAGAAGAACAUAUUGGAUAUGAUGUUGCUGGAAAGAAAAUCAAGAAAAAGGAAAGACUAGAUAAACUCGAUUCAUUUCUAGCAAGAACAGAUGACUCAAAUAGUUGGCGCAAGAUCACUGAUGAUAUUGAAGAUGAGGAAAUUGAACUUACUAAAGAAGAAACUAAGCUUAUUCGCAGACUAUUGAAAGGACAUGCCCCUCAUGCAGACUUCGAUCCACAUGCACCUUAUGUUGAUUGGUUUGCAUGGGAUGGUGCUAAACAUCCACUCUCAAAUGCUCCAGAACCAAAAAGGCGUUUUAUUCCUUCAAAAUGGGAAAGCAAAAAGGUUGUUAAAUACAUCAGGGCAAUUAGAAAGGGACUUAUAACAUUUGAUAAGCCAAAAGAACAACCCCGUUUUUAUAACUUAUGGGGUGAUGAAUCUAGUUCAAAUGAAAAAGGACAUGGAUUAUCAUACAUACCUGCUCCCAAAACUAAAUUACCAGGCCAUGAUGAAUCGUAUAAUCCAUCUUUGGAAUAUAUUCCAACUCAAGAAGAGAUUAGUGGUUAUCAACUUAUGUUUGAGGAGGACAGGCCUAAGUUUAUCCCAAAACGGUUCACAUCUUUGAGAAGUGUUCCAGCUUAUGAAAAGAGUGUGAGGGAAACUUUUGAUCGUUGUUUGGACUUAUACUUGUGCCCUAGGGCACGAAAGAAGCGUAUUAAUAUAGAUCCAGAGUCUUUAAAACCCAAGCUUCCAAGUCGAAAAGAUCUUAAACCUUAUCCAACAACAUGUUAUCUUGAGUAUAAAGGGCAUAAAGGUCCAGUUUCUUCAAUUUGCACUGACACAUCUGGCCAGUAUAUUGCUUCUGGAUCACAUGAUGGAACUGUUCGUUUAUGGGAGGUUGAAACUGGUAGAUGUAUCAAGAUUUGGGAAUUAGGUGAACCUGUGAAACAUGUUGCAUGGAAUCCUUUACCUGAGCUUCCUAUUUUAGCUGUUUCAAUGGGACAUGAUGUUUUUCUUUUGAACACUGGGCUUGAGAAAGAAGAACAUAAGAUGAUUUCAGAUCUUUUGCAUGUUGAAACUCCCACUUCCCCUGAUGAAUCUGAAACUGCAGUCAGUGUAAGCUGGUCUCAAUACGAUAAAUAUGAAGGAAUCAGGAUCACACACUUCAAGUCUGUUUCAUCUGUGGAAUGGCAUCGAAAAGGAGACUAUUUCUCUACUGUCAUGCCUGCAGAUAUCCUUUUUAUCUCAGUUUUAUUGUUCCUGAUAUUUUACAGAUUUGCCCUUAAACUUACUCAAAGAUUACCAUUCAAGUUACAUGGUCUUCCUGUUUCUUCAACUUUUCAUUCUACAAGAUCAAUCUUUUUUGUUUCAACAAAAAAGAAUGUUAGAGUUUAUGAUUUAGUAAAGAAAAAGUUCAUCAAAAAGCUUGAAGCUGGAGUGCGUGAAAUCUCUUCUAUCUCCAUUCAUCCUGGUGGUGAUAAUGUUAUUGUGGGAAGCAAAGAUGGAAAGUUAUGUUGGUUUGACAUGGAUCUUUCAUCAAAACCUUACAAAGUUCUCAGAUCUCACAAUAAAGACAUAACAAAUGUGGCAUUCCAUCGCAACUACCCUUUGUUUGCAUCUUGUUCUGAUGAUUCCACAGCAUAUGUUUUUCAUGGCAUGGUCUACUCAGAUCUGAAUCAGAAUCCUCUUAUUGUUCCUUUUGGAGAUUCUUCAUGGCCAUAGAGACACAAAUGGAAGAGGUGUGUUGGAUUGUAAGUUUCAUCCAAGGCAGCCAUGGUUGUUCACUGCUGGGGCUGAUUCUGUGAUCAAGCUCUUCUGCCAUUAAAAAACUCGGUAGAAAGUUUGAAAUGAUGAUAUGUUUGUCUUCAACAUCUCUACAAAAUAUGGAGUUGUUUUGUUUUGUGAUUUGUAGAAAAGCAUAUGGUUAUGGUUUUAGUUCAAUUUUGUUGUCAUAUCAUUGUAGGAAGUGGGAGGGUUGACUUUUAGAUAUUUGUUAUUCCUAAAGAGCAUUAAAAGGGAUGGGAUUAUGUAU